UCUUAAACUCUGUCACGUCUUUCACUUCAGAACCUCUGUUUCUCUUCCUUCCCUAGAAACUGUCGGAAAAAACGAUAUUCAAACUAAAAUCCUGAUUGAAAGAUUCAGAUUGGGUUUCGUCGGACCCAUGACUCCGUUUCCGAUUUUAACCGCCUCGUUUCUCUUCCUCCUCUUCUGCGUUGCUCCGCCGCUCACCACCGCCGCUACAGAUACCGAUUCGCCGACGGCGUACUCUCUCCUCCAAAGCUACAACUUCCCCGUCGGGAUUCUCCCCAAAGGAGUCGUGUCGUACGAUCUGGACGAGUCCACAGGGAAGUUCCACGCGUAUUUCGACAAGUCGUGUACUUUCGCCCUCCAGGAUUCUUCUUACCAGCUGGACUACAAAUCGACGAUCUCCGGCUACAUAUCGGAGAACAAGAUCACGAAGCUCACCGGCGUGAAGGUGAAAGUUCUCUUCUUGUGGCUCAACAUCGUGGAGGUCAUCAGGAACGGUGACGAGCUCGAGUUCUCCGUCGGGAUCACGUCGGCGAACUUCGCGAUCGAGGAGUUUUACGAGUCGCCUCAGUGUGGAUGCGGGUUCGAUUGCGACGGGUUGAAAUCGGAAUCGGAUGAUUCGGGAAGAAACCCUUUUGUCUCUUCGGUUUGAAAGUGGGUUGUUGACCUGU